UCACUCUCUUCUGGCAAUUCACGUUCAACGCUAGUGCUAUUGGAUAAGACUAAUUUUUCGAAUUUCAGUUACCCAAAUAACAGCACACAUUUAACACACACUCGCUUCUGACUUCACAGCCACAUCAGUACCAUCAUCAUCAUCAUCUCCACCGUCAUCGCCAUCGACGACAUCAUCUUCGGUGUCACUGGGAGCUAACUAUUCAAGCAAAAGACAUUCAGUAGCUGCCGGCUCAAAUAGCAGCAUCAGUGGCAAAUCCAACGACCUUUUAACCAACAGCAACACAUCGUUCAAACGAAACAACAACACACAGGAGACAUAAUCUAGUUUAGAAUUAUUAUUGGCACUCCUCAGUGUUGGUAUCUCAGCACGAUGACAGCCAAAAGGAUACAUGGUCCUUGUGUCGUAUCGUAUGUGGCUCUAUCUUUGUUCCUGGUACUAUUGUUUGCCUCACAUCUGCCCGUACAUGGAGAAUUCUAUUCAUCUAUCGAUAGUUUAAAACGUUUGGAUAGUAUUGAGUCAUCGCUGCUGUUAAGUUUCCGGAAGUAUUCGGAAGGACUGGAGGAUUACAUAUCCAUUAUACGAAGAUUUAUGGAACGUAUUAAAUUUCAACAUGAAAAAGCUGAGAAGGAUGUGGAAGAUUAUUUAGGAAAUCCCAUCAAUGCUUUUACACUAAUUGAACGUGUGGUCAGAGACUGGAUGGAUGUCAAUGAUUUGUUGAAAUUCGAGGAUAUAUCACAGGAACUUAUGGACUCGUUGACCCAAUUAAGGAAAAACUCAUCAUUACCGGAUGAAAAUGAACUGAAGGGAGCUGUACUCGGUUUGGCCAGGUUGCAGGAUAUCUACGAUAUCGAUGCAGAUGAUAUGGCCAAUGGCAAGGGAUAUGGCCACCCUCUAACUUGGAGGGAAUGCCUCGAAAUAGCUACCACAUUGAUUGAUGAAAACCGCAUGGAUUUGGCUUUAAAAUGGCUUAAACAAACCGACAGAAAAUUACAAAACAGUCAAGAUGCCAAAGAGAUUAAAGACUACUUUGCCACACAAAUUAAGGAACAUUUUGCCCGAGUACAUCAUACGUUGGGUGACAAACAAAAGGCACAACAGCACUUGAAUGGUAUUUCGGAAAAAGACUCACAACAUUCCUCAAAAUUAACAAUGAAAAUGUUAAACCGAUUAAUGGAUGAAAAACAAAAAUACAUACCCUUCAAAGAAAGUGAUCGCCAUCGGAAUUACGCAAGGCUGUGCCAGGGAAAAUCUCUGAAUAGAACGCAACUAAGCUGCCACUUGGAUUCAUCCUCACAUCCCUUCUUCAUUCUAAAUCCUUUACAAAUUGAACCGAUGCUAAUGGACCCGUACAUAAGAGUCUAUCAUAAUCUCCUGAGUGAUGAACAAAUUACGAAUUUAUUCAAUUUUGCUUCGAAAAAAUUCUAUCGCUCGGAAGUUAUAAGGGGUCCUAACGAAAAUGAGGUCACCGAGAAACGUGUCAGUCAACAGGCUUGGGUGAGUCCGGAAGAUACCCCCACUGCAGCAUAUAUGUAUCGUAUGGUCCAUCUCAUAACCGGUUUCAACAUGACAAAUGUUGAGAAGAUGCAAGUGGCCAAUUACGGUAUCGGUGGUCUCUAUGUACCUCACUAUGAUUAUAUGAAUGUAAGCCGUACUCUGGCUGGACUUGUCGGAGAUAGAAUUUCAACCAAUAUGUUCUAUCUCUCCGAUGUCAUUCAAGGUGGUUAUACCAUAUUUCCAGAACUAAAUGUAUAUUUGAAGCCCAUCAAGGGCUCAAUGGUAAUGUGGCCCAAUCUGCAUAGAUCAGUUCAGCCUGAUAUUCGAACUUUGCAUGCUGGAUGUCCAGUUGUUAAGGGUACCAAGCGCAUUGCUAAUAUAUGGACACAUUCCGGAUAUCAGGACGUCGCAAGACCAUGCGGUUUAACAAACGAUGCUUUGAAAUAAUUUGGUAAAAAUGUGUAAAUUCUAUGUAAAUAAAUAUAAAAACAAAUAAAAUAGACCAAA